ACUGAAAACUUCAUAGAAAAGACAAUACAGAUCCACUGCCAAAGAGCAGCAUAAGAUCAUAUGCUACACAUGCCCUUUCCCUCACGUCUCACCUGCGUAUGCCCCGGCUGUCUUGGACUCAAUCAGGGCUGACAAAGCGCGGUCUCCUAAUCCUAUCAGCGGUGCGAGCAAGCGCUGCCGUCUCUCGGUGACCCGAUGUUGGGUGAUCUGCACAGCAACAAGGAGCAGCUGACGUGCUUUACAACACGUCAUGAAGAAAAGAAACUGCAUUCUGGGGCAUCCUGGGAUUUUUUUUUGUGGUGGGGUGGAGACCCAUAUUUUUCUUACCAGGGAGAGAGCUGCCUGUUUUCCUGUAAGAGCUUGUGUGAGUGAUCCACCCUCCUCUUAUUGUAUGUGUGUUAUUGUUAAGCUAUGGUUAAGGUAUUUAGAUGCUGUAAACUGUGAAGGCUAGGAUUACGCAAGAUCACUCCCUGAGGAUGGGGCCCAGACAGUACUUGGGGCAGAGAGGAGUGGGUAACCUGAGGCAGUGUGGCAUGAACAUUCAUUGGAUUUGGAAUGUGCCAAUUAUCUGGGAUCUGCAAAUGAGUUUUCAGUUAGAGAUGCUUCUAAGUGAGGGAGAGAAAUUAAGUGAAGUCCAGAUGAAGGGGCAGAGGUUUGGGCCCGGGGACUUGGAGGCGUGAAGGAUGUAUUUUUCUGCCUAUCUAAUGGGGAAUCAGAAGUGAGGUAGUUUCUCAUAUCAUGGUAUCUGACGUCUGUGGCCUUUUGUCCAUUUGUAAGAACAGGGUAAGAAACUAGCCAAAACAGGAACGGUGACUGUAUUAAACAAGGUGGCAACAGAGGGUGGGACAAACAGCUGUACAGUGAUUGGAAAAAUGGAUCAUAAUGACUGAAAAUUAGUUGCCUGGAACGGAUGAAUGGAAAGCUGAGCAUUCAGGUGGGAGAAGGCCGAGUCUGGCCAUUUCCCUAAUGAACUGCCUCCGAUGACUAGACAAUCCGUGGGCCUCAGAGAUGCACUGAAAGGGCACAGGAAGUCGUCUAUGAGGUAGGCACCGGAAGGCCUUAAUCCAGAUGUUGUAUUCUGGGCCUGAGGGGGAAGCAGCUGAGUCUGGAGGUAUAAGAAGGGCAGUGGAGAGGUCCUCCAACCCAGCAACAAAGCUUCCUCGUAAGGAGAUGAGGGGUGAAGGCCAAGACACUCUCACAUCUGUCAGGCCAUUCCUGCCAAAUAUGAAUAUGUUUUAGAAGACUACAAUAUGAAUGCAGUUCAGACUGAGGCAAGGCCAUGCUGAAUGCUAGGUAGAAUCUCAUACAGGCUCUAGAGGGCCCUGCUCCUCUGCAGACCUAUAGCCUAUAGCAUUGUUGGCUCCGCUUCUGCCAUCAACAGCGACAAUCACAGAACAAUUACUUUAUCUGGAAAACACACCUCAUUCAAAUAACCCUACAAGAUAUUCAGUGAUCAUUGAGUAUCUGCUGUAUGAAGAAAACUGUAAUUUUUGACCUUGGACUUCAUUUGGAUGUUCACACAGCUCUAGUCAGACAGUGCUUUGAUUUUUUUUUCCUCCUGGACUGCCUGGAAAGGACUGUAAGCAUUGCUCAAAAAGAAUCCAGCCUCAUGGAGAGAAACCAGGAAGAAACCCUGAGGGCCACAUUUCUCUACCAGGAGGUCUGCUUGGCAGCUCAGAGACUGGAUCUUUUCCUCCAAAAAGAAAAUGCCCACAAAGAGGUUUUUAAGCCACACGUCCUGGCUCUCAGAGAGAUGGUUCAGCAAGCCUGCAUUAAACUCAUGUUUCUCCAUCCGGUAGUUUAUGGGAGGAAGGCUGAAGAACUCUUAUGGAGAAAAAUAUACUCUGACAUUGUCAUGCUGCUCAUGAAGACCAACAAGAAGGAAAUGGACACUUUCCAACAUUGGGGAGAGCCCCUGCAGGCUCACCUGAAGGCUGGCCUCAAGUUCUAUGAGCAUCUCUUCCUGUUCCUUCAAGGCCAUUAUGAACUGAGGUUACAGAGCUACAUUGAUUGGCCUCACAGUACCAUCCACUUGAUUGGCUGUAAGAAAGUGGGACCGACAUCAGCAGAAGAGACUUCCUGGGCCCGCAUGGCUUGUCAUCGCUGCCUACUCUACCUAGGAGACUUGUUCCGAUAUCAGCAUGAAUUCCUAGACCUGGCCACCAAGAACUUGGCAGAGAGAUGUUACUACAGAGCCUUGUCAGUGGCACCGAAUAUGGGAAUGCCCUUCAACCAACUGGGCGCUCUCAUGGGGAAUAAGUAUUAUGAUUUGGAAGCCACAUACUACUAUCAGCGCUGCCUCCACGCUGAAGUGCCUUUUAAAGGAGCAGCUUGGAACCUCAAACGGCUCUAUGAUCAUGCUGGAAAGAGGUACAGCUGUCUGAAGAGGUACCAGGGAAGGAAACUGUCUCACAGCCAAAGGCAGUGUUGGGACAACAAACGGCUUCUGGUUAGCUUCCUCUACCUUCAGAGCCUCCUGCAGCCUAAGAGAAAAUUCAAAGCCGCAAGGCUUAUAGCCCUGUGCCAACUGGUUCUUGAUGACUUUCAUCUCUGUCUUUCCUACCGGCCACAUCAAUCUGGCCUGUGCCAGGCUUCCACAGAAGACAAGCCUCCUAAAGGCUAUCUGUUUCUUCCAGACUUUCUCAUCUUCCACAUGGUGGUUCUUUGUCUCAUGAAUGUGCACAGCCUAAGGAAAUCAGGCUCAAAACAGCAAAAGCCAGCUGUCAUUUUCACCUUGACUCUUUUCUCUUAUUUAGUACAACAUGUAAAUACACGAAUCCAGGCUGAGCUGCAGAAGAGGAAGUUGACUUCAGAAGAGGCUGCUCUAAGAGAUGGAUGCUGGGACAAAGAGCCUGGAAAGGAACAUCAAGAUUUUCUAUCUCCUGGGCAACAUAACAGCUACUAUCAGAAAAGCCACAAGUGGUCUGACAUUUGUAGAGAGAGUGAGGCCAGUUUUCACUCCUUUUGUGACUCAGAUGAGACAGAGGAAGAUGAAAACUCAUCCUUAAGUUCCCAGGCACAAUCAGACACAAGCAGUGAAACAUCCCACUCUGACACAACAGAUGAAGAAGGGAGUGGGUCCUUGGAUUCAGAUGAAAUUCACAAGAGUGGAGGUCCAUCCAAACCUAAAGGCGCUCAUUCCAGAAGCAAACUGAAGGCAUACGUACCUUCUGACAGUCUCCUUGAUCUCUUGAAAACAACUAUUUCUUCUAGCCUGCCAGCUCCUUUGAGCCAAAAACUCCAAGGAAAGCAUGCCUCACCAUUGGCUGCUGUCUUCAGUUAUAAUGCUCUAACACCUCCAACUGACCCAAGCCCUGCUGUCAGCAGUUUCUUGGGCACUGAAGGUGAGAUGAGCAGCUUUCCUGAGACAGAAUUCCACAUAGGUUCCUCUUGGGAGCAGAGGUCCUUCAUUACCCAGAACAAUCUCCAGACCACUCAAUGGAAACUGGACAUUCUUUCUGCAGAGGGACUGUUGCCUACCAUCAAGGUGAUCCUGAGCUGGCUCCGCAGCAAUCACAGCCUCCUCUUGUCACAUUGGAGGAGUGUAUGCAGUUUGUGGGACCACCUCUGUGUGUUGCUGAACCUGUUGCCCUCACUGGGAGACCUUCAGCAUCCAGGCCUUUGCCUGUCUCACCAUCUCCAGGACUUGCUGCAGAGCUGUCAAUGGCCAAAUACUCCCAAGUACCUUCAGCUCCCUGAGGACAUUGCCCUGUUCCAACAUUAUCCUCCUCAAGUAUCUCAGGAUACGGCAGGCUUAGAGCAGGAUCCGCCUCAACUCACCAACCAGGAGGAAGUUAUCGUGCGUAUUUGUUUCUUCAGAAGUUUUGGUCAUUUUGCAACAAGACUCCCAGGACAGUUCUUGAGGUUUGACUCUAAGCUGGGUGUCUUUAUGAGUAGUACCCUUGAAAGGUCCGAAAGUGCACCUCAGCAACUUCCAAGAACAACUCCAAGAAUCAGACUUUCCAAAGACAUAGUCCAGCUCUGGCUACAACGUGAAGUGGCAUUGCUAGAGAAGACUCUUCGAGGUCCCCAGACUCGGUCAGUGUUGACCCCUUACCUGUUCCCGGACCCUAGGGCCCUCUGUGAGCAUCUUUCAGUCAUACAGAAACUAGCUACUAGUGCUAAGUUUUUUCUUAUCAUACCCAAGAUUGUGGUUGACACACUAUACAUCUUAAAAUGGGAAGACCGCAGGGCCAUGGCAGCCAUCACUUUUCUAGAGGACGAGUUAAAGAGAAGGAAUCAAUACAUUCUCUGCCAGUCCUUUGUGUCCAAGAGGUUGGUGAGGCCCAGGAUGACUAAACCAGACUCUGAUGCCUGGGAUCUCUACAAUAUUCUUGAGUUCUGCAAAAGUCUGCUGGACUCAUCCAGACCAGGGAUCCUGGAUCCCAGCAGCAUGGUGACAAUCAUUACUGGCGUCUGUUUGGAACACCCUAGAAAUUUCUCAUACCCAUUGCAGCUGGUUCUUGGGAUGGCAACUGAAGCUGGUGUGGAAAUCAAGAACAUCCUGAGUUUCCACAAAGAAUGGAAAGUGAUCAGUUGACACGCUCACGCAUUCCUGUUCCUUGUCUUUCUAGUGCUUAUCACCCAAAUUCAAUGUGCUUCUCUCUUGUAAGCACCUAAUGCUGAGAGGCAUUGUGUACAUGAGUAUUUAUGUCUACCUAUAGGUAGAGUUGUAGUGUAACAGCUUUCUGAGGCCUUCCUGUUUCCUGUUUAACCAUCUUAGCUCUGUAUUAUGCUUCCUCUGGAAAAAACAUCAACAUUAACUCAUUGUUUAGUGAUCUUCUGGCAAAGCACCAAAUUUGCACAUCACUUCUGUGUCCAAAUACAGUUUCAUGAACAUUCCGUGACUUAAUCAAGUCUGUUUUGUGACAUGCAACUUUUUUGUAUAUUGUUUUAUUAUGGUGGGACCACAUCUACUAUUGAUACCACACCUCUACCAUCUAUUAAACUCAAUAAAUAUAAAACUAAAAUUU